CGAACCUCGACACCACUCCACAAGCAAUAGCAAAGCCAUCUUCUGCCCAGAGCAGCCGACAGUUCUCAAAGGGCAAGGUGUAUUCACCUAUUCACACAUCCGUCUGCCAUCUGUCAUCAUCCAAACCCCCACAGCUCUCCGAACUCUCGCGACCAUCGCCGUCGAGAUGCCUACAUUCAUUUACGUCGUCUCAAUACAAGUACUCGAUACAGACCACGGGGAGUCCACACGGAAGACCGCAUACUAUUCAACAAUUGGCACCGCUAAUGAAGCAGCCCUCAAAGUUGCUCUUGCGCGGUUGAAGGAGACCUCUAAGAAGGAGACGUACCGAGUCAAGAAGAAGGAGUGGUCCAAGAUGGCAGAGAGUCCUAAAAAGCUGUUUUCGACCAGGGGUAGGAGUGGGUAUGACCACUGGAAAGUAAGGGUGAGGAGAGAAUCCAUUCAAGGACCGGACAUUAGGACGUUGCCGGAGGAGGAAGAGGAACUGGAAGGUGAUGCAGAGGACGGUGAAGAGGAUGAAGAGGAAUAUGAAUAUGAAGAUGGAGAGGAUGAAGAUGAGGUGACUAGGGCCGAAAAGGAGUUCGUUGACGAGGAUGAAGAGGAGGAGGAGAGAGCUCGCCGACUCAGGAAGAGAAAGCGUGCUCGUUAUGAUUUAGAAUAGAGAUAGAAAGCAGAACCUGCCAGUGCUUUUCAUUAGUGAAGCAUAUCGUAGCACAUAAUAAACACUACCC